AAGCUGUGUGGGUCAGAAAAUCUCGCCAGCCAUGAUCCCUUCCACGAUUCGAGAUCCUCUAAGAAGAAGGAGAGUUUGGGAUGGAUGGAGUGGAUGAGAGGAUGGAGCAGCGUCUUCGGAGAGAUUCUCUUCCAAAGGAUCACCGCCUCUCAUUUGCACAACCCUCUCCCUCUCCCUCCCGUCAACGGCCUCACUUGCGUUGUCACUGGCUCCACCAACGGCAUUGGCCGUCAGACCGCUAGGCAGCUUGCGGAAGCUGGUGCACAUGUUGUGAUGGCCGUGAGAAACACAAAGGCAGCUCAGGAGCUGAUUCAGCAAUGGCAGAACGAGUGGUCUGGCAAAGGUCUCCCACUUAAUGUCGAGGCAAUGGAACUUGACCUUCUUUCAUUGGAUUCGGUUGCGAGAUUCGCUGAUGCUUGGAACGCUCGUUUGGGACCUUUGCAUGUUCUGAUUAACAAUGCUGGCAUCUUUGCUAUGGGAGAGGCGCAGAAAUUCUCAGAGGAUGGAUACGAGCAGCACAUGCAAGUAAACCAUUUAGCUCCAGCUCUUCUUUCAGUACUCCUUUUGCCGUCUCUAAUCCGAGGUUCUCCUAGCCGAAUCAUCAAUGUGAAUUCCGUGAUGCAUAGUGUUGGUUUUGUUGAUCCGGAUGACAUGAAUGUUGUUUCUGGUCGCCGCAAGUACUCGAGCGUUGUAGGAUACUCGAGCAGCAAGCUAGACCAGGUUGUAGAAGUUCUCUCUUCUCGGCCACAGACCCUCAGAUUCCAGAGUACUGGGAAACACUAAAAACCGACGAUUGGCCUGUUUGCCCAUUCAUUUCCCAAGAUUGCCGACCUACAAAUCCUUCCGAAGAAGCACACAACACAGAAACUGCACAUAGAGUGUGGGAAAAGACACUAGAGCUGGUGGGUCUUCCUGUCGGUGCAGUUGAGAAGCUCAUAGAAGGGGAAAAUGUCCAAUGCCGAUAUGGAUCUCAGCAAGAAUAGUCGUCCAAGAAAACAACAAAAAGUCCACAUGUUGAAUGUGUCCCUCUUAAUCUACUGUACACUGGGGACUGAAUACCCCAGGCAUGUGGUGUGCUCGAGAAAAGGACAAGAAUGGGUGUGAGAAUGAAUGUUUGAUUGUUGGUUAAAAAGGCACGCUUUAGCUGCCAUUCCAUGGCUUAUUAGCAAAGUCUUCUUCAAGUUUUGCCUGGACCGGCCUAGUGGUGGGUAGUAGUUUCUUCAGUUUGAGUGGAGGGUAUUUCCGUAAAUGUGUCCCUAGUUUGUGCAAGUCACGUUGCGCAUAUAAAUAUUUGUAGCGGUGAAAGCAUCUCUCAUGGACAGAAGUGGUAUUACCUCACCUUCCUCUUUAUAAUGUUUCUUGCUUAAAUGGGUAUUCCAUGAAAGUGAUUCACACUCACUAUGUAGUAGACCUUAAUUAUGAGUGGGAUUCUUCUCUCUUCAUGAGAUGCUCAUUUAAGCAAGCAAUGUUAGUGAAUCGAACGAUUUAAUUAAUAUGGUGUAUGAGUUUUGUUUUUUCUUAUAAACUUAGAAAAAGGAAACUUUGAUUUCCUUUAAUGCUUUCAAGUUUAUGAGUCUUCUACCGUCGGUGGUGAGGCGGAUUCGGUCGUGGCGGAGCAGGGUAGCUCAAGAGACGAAGACGAUGAUUGGGAAGGCGUAGAGAGCACGGAACUGGACGAGGCUUUCAGCGCUGCUACUCUCUUUGUAACUACAGCCGCCGCUGAUCGGUUGUCGCGGAAGGUGCCUAGUGAUGUCUAGCAGAAGCUUUACGGGUUGUACAAGAUCGCUACGGAAGGGCCUUGUACUGCUCCUCAGCCUUCUGCUCUCAAACUUACUGCUCGUGCCAAGUGGCAAGCAUGGAGGAAACUGGGUGCUAUGCCCACUGAGGAAGCGAUGGAGAAGUAUAUUGAGAUUGUCACUCAGCUUUAUCCAACUUGGUUAGACUGUGGCCUGAAAGCUGGAAGUCGAAAUGAUGCAGUCUCAAGCUCAGGAGGAACCAUGGGGCCAGUUUUUAGCUCAUUGGUUUAUGAAGAGGAAUCGCAAAAUGAGUUGUAAGGUUAUCUUGUUUUACUUUUCUCUGAGUGUCUAGAUCAGAUCAUAUCUGUGAAAUCUAAAGGUUCAUUUAAAACUAAGAGAGUAUGUUAACUUAGCAUCUCGUAUAGCUGCAACAACUUUUUUUUUUUAGUGAACUGGCUACUAUAUUAUCAACGACGAGCUAGUGGAAGAACUUGGAGCUUUUUUUUUUCUUUUUCGUUUGCUGUCUAUCUGAAUGAAAAACUAGUCCCAAUCCUUGCGUUUCUUCCUGAGAGACUGAUGCCAUCCAUGCGU